GGCCUGGUGGCUUUUGAGGAGGUGGCCGUGUGUUUCACUGAGGAGGAGUGGAUGCUGCUGGAUCCUGCCCAGAGAGCCCUGCACAAGGAAACCAUGGAAGAGAACUAUGGGAUGGUGGCCUUCCUCGCAAGGAACAAGUGGGAAAUGCAGAAUAAGAGAGAAUCUCAAAGACUAUCGCCAGAAGGGCGUAGGUGUAGAAACAGAAAACAUCAAAGAGGGGAACUUAAAGCCUGUCAGAAGAAGAGAAAUAAAUCUUCCUCACCUCAGAGGACUAAUUAUGAUGGCACCAUAAUUCAAGAAAAAGUAGGUAAACAACAGGAGAACAGAAGGGGCUACGUGUAUAAAAAAAGUUGCAGUUCCCCGUCAGAGUUUGAUGCUUCUAAUAAAACUGGCAAAGGGAAGAAGCUGUAUAAAUGCUUGGAAUGUGGAAAGACGUAUCAUGUGAAGUCAAGCUUCCGGUACCACCAAAAAGCUCACACAGGAGAGAAACCUUACAAAUGCCUGGUGUGUGGAAAAAGCUUCAUCUGGAAGACAAUUCUGACUUCUCAUGAAAAAAUCCACACAGGGGAAAAACCUUAUAACUGUUUGGAAUGUGGGAAAAACUUCAGCUGGAAGAAAAUCCUUGUGAAACACCAAAUAAUUCACACGGGGGAGAAGCCCUACAGUUGUUUGCAGUGUGGGAAGUGUUUCACUGGGAAGGCGACUCUCACUUCUCACGAAAGAAUCCACACAGGAGAGAAACCCUAUAAAUGCUUGGAAUGUGGAAAGAGCUUCAGCUGGAAGAAAAUCCUUGUGAAACAUCAAAUAAUCCACACGGGGGAGAAGCCCUAUAAGUGUUUGGAGUGUGGAAAGUGCUUUGGUGGAAAAGCCACUCUCACGUAUCACGAAAGGAUUCACACAGGGGAGAAACCGUAUACCUGCUUGGAGUGUGGAAAGAGCUUCGGUUGGAAGACCGUUCUAGUGAAGCAUCAAAGAACCCACACUGGAGAAAAACCAUAUAAAUGCCUGCAGUGUGGCAGGUGCUUCAGCCAGAAGACACAUCUGACCAAGCACCAAAGAAUCCACACAGGGCAGAAACCGUAUACCUGCUUUGAAUGUGGAAAGAGCUUCAGCGAAAAGACAUCUCUUACUUCUCACGAAAGAGUCCAUACUGGGGAGAAACCCUAUAAAUGCUCGGAGUGCGGAAAGAGCUUCAGCUGGAAGACCGUCCUUGUGAAACAUAAAAGAACUCACACGGGCGAGAAACCUUAUAAGUGUUCGCAGUGCGGAAAGUGCUUCAGCCAGAAGAUAAAUCUCACAAAACACGAACGGAUUCACACGGGGCAGAAGCCAUACACCUGCUCGGAGUGCGGAAGGAGCUUCGCUCAAAAGACCAAUCUCACUUCUCAUCAAAGAAUCCACAUAGGGGAGAAAGCAUAUCAAUGUUUAGAGUGUGGGAAGAGCUUCUUCCAGAAAGCAUACCUUACCGCUCAUCACAGGAUCCACACAGGAGAGAAAUUACAUUCCUGCUUGGAGUGCGGGAAGCGCUUCUGUCGGAAAACAGAUCUUACUCGACACCAGAGAGUUCACACAGGGGAGAAACCCUACAAAUGCUUGGAAUGUGGGAAGAGUUUCAGUUGGAAAGCAUGCAUCUUUGCCCAUCAAAAAAUUCACAUGGGAAAGAAACCUUAUAAAUGCUUGGAGUGCGGAAAGAGAUUUAUUUGGAGUUCCCAUCUAACUAGACACCAAAUAACUCACACUGGAGAAAAAACCUAUAAAUGUUUUGUUUGUCAAGAGAGCUUUACUCAGAAGAUAGAUCUCAAUAAACAUCAAAGAAUUCACUCAGGAGAGAAGCCGUAUAAGUGCUUGCUGUGUGGGAAAAACUUCAGGUAUAAAAUACAACUCGUUUCUCACCGAACAUUUCACGCAGGGCAGAAACCCUAUAAAUGCUUGCAAUGUGGGAAGAGCUUCAAUUGGAAGGUAUGUCUCACCUCCCAUCAAAAAAUCCACACAGGAAAGAAACCUUAUAAGUGCUUGGAGUGUGGAAAGAGGUUUAUUUGGAAUUCAGACCUAAGUAGGCAUCGAAGAAUCCAUACUGGGGAAAAGCCCUAUAAAUGUUUGUUUCGUGGGAUAAGCUUCUGUUAUAAAGGGAGUCACGCUGCUCAUGAAGCAAUCCAGACAGGGGAGAAACUGGAUCCAUGCUUGGAAUGUGGAAGGAGGUUUAGUCAGCAGAUUUAUCUCACUUCUCAUCAAAAGGUUCAUACAGGUGAGAGACGGCAUAACUGCGUGGAGUGUGGGAAGAGCUUCAGUGAAAGCAGUAAUCUCAGUAGACAUCAGAGGAUUCACACAGAGGAGAGAUCCUUUAAAUGCUUUGUGUGCAAGAAGAGCUUCAUUAAAAAGUCAGACCUUACCAUUCAUGAAAGCAUUCACACAGGGCUGAAACCGUAUGCAUGCAUGGAGUGUGGGAAGAAGUUCUGUCAGAAGCUGCAACUCACUUCCCAUCGAACUCUUCACACCGGGGAGAAACCCUAUAAAUGCCAGGAAUGCGGGAAAAGCUUCUGUCACCAGAUUCAUCUCACGUCUCAUCAACGGAGUCACACGGGAGAGAAGCCCCAUAAAUGCUUGGAGUGCGGGAAGUGCUUCAGUGCCCGGAGUAACCUCAGCACGCAUCGGAGAAUUCACACAGGGGAGAAACCCUAUACAUGUUUAGAGUGUGGAAAGAGUUUCAUUAAGAAAUCAGACCUUACCGUACAUCAGAGAAUUCAUACCGGGGAGAAACCCUAUACUUGCUUGGAGUGUGGGAAAAAUUUCAGUGAAAAGAGAAAUUUCAACAAACAUCAAAGUCUUCACACAGGGGAGAAACCCUAUGAAUGCUUGGAAUGCGGGAAGAGGUUCAGGGAGAAGACAGCUCUUAAAGGACACCAGACGAUUCACACUGGGGAGAAACCAUACAUCUGUGGAGAAUGUGGGAAUAGCUUCCGACUCCGCUCAAAUCUGACAUCUCAUCAAAGAAGCCACACGGCAGAAAAACCUCAUAAGUGCUCGGAAUGUGGACGGAGCUUCAACCAGAAAACGAAUCUCACGAGGCAUCAGAAAAUGCACACCGGGAACAAACCCUAUAAAUGCUUGGAGUGUGGCAUGAACUUUGGCCAGAACGCAAACCUAGUGAACCACCAGCGGAUCCACACGGGAGAAAAACCGUACAAGUGCUUGAAAUGUGGGAAGAGCUUCAAUCAGAAGAGGUAUCUGCGUUGCCACCUAAAAAGACACUCCCAGGAGAAACCGUACAAGUGCUUGGAAUGUGGAAGGAACUUUGCCCAGAAGAGGUCUUUAGUAUCUCAUCAGAGAAAUCACGCGGAGGAGAAACCCUAUAACAUAGUCAUUAUCAGCUGACAGGGCACGUGAUCCAAGAGAGAGAGAGAGAGAUGUUUGAGGGUUUGAGUAGAGGAGUUUGAAAAAUGGAGUUAAUAUUUUAAAAAUAAAGGUUUGAAAAUUUGCAGCUUUCUCCAGAGGCUGCAUAUUCCAUUAUCCUGUAUUGCAUGGUAGUGUUCUCUUUCUUCUAGUGUACAAUACCCUUUGUCUGCUGUUUAAUUUAUAUUUGAUGAGUGGCUUUGUUGCUCACCCCUUCCCCCUGAAAAAUUAUGGUAAAGACUUUCCUCUUUCUCUUUCUCUUUGAAAUCUUUUUUAUUAUACAAACGUUAUUUACUGAUGCUGUGGUUCUGAUCCUCAGCUCAUGCCCCCUUCUGGCUUUUCCAAGUCACCUACUUGUGCCUUUUACUCAAAUAAAUAGGAUAUGUUUGUGGG